AUGGCGCCCGGCCAGAAGGCUUAUCCUCGCGGUACGGUCAAGAAGAUUGUCAAGGCGCAUUCGAACUGCAACCUCAGCAAGAAUGUGGACGUCAUGAUUUAUCUCGACUACGUCCUCUUUAUGCAGACUCUCGUCAAAGAAGCGGCCAUCGAGUCCAAGAAGUCCGGGGAAAGAGGCAUCACCGCUAGAAGCGUCAAGAAGGUCACCGCGGACACUUUGACCAAAUUCAAGGGCUGA